UUGGAUUUAGGGUUAGGGUAGUCCGAUCCUCUGUUUUCCUCUACCAUCUUUUUUUUUUUGUCUUCUCAGCUCUUAGUAGGCUCCCCUCAGCUUCAGUGGAACGAAGUGAUUGUUUCAAUGGAACAUUUCCGUCUUGCUCAGACCAAAAAGAACAAGGACACAAAUGAAGCAACUCCUAAUAGUCCCCGCCAUCGGAAGGUUCUUGCUAGAUGGGAUCCAGCUAAUGCUCGGAAUCCAGCCAUUGCUGAAGCUCCCUCAUUCUUCCCAACACCAGAGGAGUUUGAAGAUCCAAUCUCUUAUAUUGAAAAGAUACGUCCCAGAGCAGAACGCUACGGGGUUUGUGUGAUCAAACCACCUCGGAAUUGGACUCCUCCUUGUCGAGUUAAAGAGAAAAGUCUAUGGGAGGGUACAAAGUUCCCAACCCGUAUUCAGGUUGUUGACUUGCUUCAGAACAGAGAACCGAUGAAUAAGAAGACGAAAGCUUCUGGAAGCAAGCGAAAACGAGGAAGAGAUCCCUCAAAAAAAAGAUCUCUUCCUCUAUCUGGCCCUGGCUCCACGUCAGCCUCCGCCUCCAGCUCGAGGGAGGAUGAGAAGUUUGGCUUCAAAUCUGGUUCAGAUUUCAGCCUUGCGGAGUUUGAGAAAUAUGAUCGAAAUUUCAAAGACGCCUACUUCAAUAGAAAAGGCAAGGGUAAAGCUGGAGAUACAGAAAUGGCUCCAUCCCUAAAGGAAAUCGAAGGAGAGUACUGGAGGAUCAUUGAGAAACCGACAGAUGAAGUCGAGGUAUAUUAUGGAGCUGACUUGGAGAAAAAGGUGCUUGGAAGUGGAUUUUACAAAAGAGGGGAAAUGCGAACCGGAGAAAGUGAAAUGGAUCGUCAAUACAUAGCUUCUGGUUGGAACUUGAACAACUUACCGCGUCUUCCUGGCUCUUUAUUCGCCUAUGAUCCUAGUGAGAUCUCAGGUGUUAACGUGCCAUGGCUCUAUGUUGGGAUGUGUUUUUCUACGUUCUGUUGGCAUGUGGAGGACCAUCACCUAUACUCGGUGAACUAUCAUCACUUUGGCUCGCCAAAAGUAUGGUAUGGAGUUCCAGGAAGCCAUGCAAAUGCGCUAGAGAGGGCGAUGAGAAAACAUCUUCCAGAUCUGUUUGAGGAACAACCUACUCUACUUCAUGGACUUGUUACUCAGUUCUCUCCUUCCAUCUUGGCCACUGAGGGAGUUCCGGUUUACCGGGUGGUUCAAGAAUCAGGGGAUUUUGUUAUAACGUUCCCUAGAGCAUAUCACUCCGGAUUCAACUGCGGGUUCAACUGUGCAGAAGCCGUGAAUUUUGCUCCGGUUGACUGGUUGGCUUGCGGACAGAAUGCUGUGGAGUUAUACAGCCAAGAGCUCAGGAAAACGUCUCUGUCGCAUGACAAACUUCUCCUUGGAGCAGCUUUUGAAGCUGUUAAGUCCCUUUAUGAACUCUCAGCUCGUGGGGAGAGAAACGCAAAUAAUCUUAGAUGGAAGGGUUUCUGCGGGAAGAACGGUGAUCUUACUAAGGCAAUGGAGGCUCGGCUGCGAAUAGAAGAGGGGAGAAUUCAGGCUCUUGGAAAUGGUUUCCACUUGCUAAAGAUGGACAAGGAUUUUGAUGCAUCCGUUGAAGUGGAAUGCAUCUCUUGCCGAAGUGACUUGCAUCUCACUGCCUCUUGCUGCACCAAAUGCUAUCCCGGAGAAUAUGCUUGCACAAAACACUUGAAUGAUCGUUGUUCAUGUGAAGGGUAUGAUCGGUUCGUCCUUCUUCGUUACACCAUGGAUGAGUUAAGUUCACUGCUCAGAGCAUUGGAAGGUGAAUCAGCUGAUCUUAUAACAUGGGCUUCUAAACUCAUCGAAGAUCUUUCAGAUAUCACUCAGAGAGAAGAUGCUUUUGAUCUGAAUCUUGGCUUGCAAUUGGAAGGUGCUUCUUCAGAGACCCGUGAUGUUGUUGCUGCACCCAUGAUGAACUUUCCUGACCAUGUCCAGCCUAUAGAUCUCGGGGUCUUGGUUCCCGGACACCUUUGGCGUAACAAUCAUGCUAUAUUUCCAGAAGGUGCUUCUUCAGAGACCCGUGAUGUUGUUGCUGCACCCAUGAUGAACUUUCCUGACCAUGUCCAGCCUAUAAAUCUCGGGGUCUUGGUUCCCGGACACCUUUGGCGUAACAAGCAUGCUAUAUUUCCAAAAGGGUUUAAGAGUCGGGUUAAGUUCUAUGACGUGAAAGAUCCAAUGAGAAUAAGCUAUUACACCUCUGAGAUUGUAGAUGCAGGAUUUAUAGGUCCACUAUUCAAGGUUACUUUGGAAGGAUCUCAAGAAGAGACCUUCUGUGAUGCAUCAGUUCAGAAAUGCUGGGAAAUGGUGUUGGAGAGAGUUAACAAAGAGCUAAAAGAACGCAGCAGCCAAGAACAAAAUGUUCAAAUUUUGGAAAGCAUUGACGGGCUAAAAAUGUUCGGUUUCUCCACCCCAUUCAUAGUUCAGGCCACUGAGGCUCUUGACCAGGACCAUCGCCUAGUGGAGUAUUGGAACUACAAGAAUGAGCAGGCUUCGUUGGAAUCGGCUAGGAGAAUUGCAUCCGUGAGCUUAGCGGCCAGAACAAGACUUUUUGGGGUCGAUUUGAACUGAACUUGAAGAAUAUUCGUCAGGAAGAAGAGAUACAAUGGUAGAGUCGUAGAGAUACAACUCACCAAUCUUUCCUUUGCCUUAAUGACUUUUUCAUAGAACUCUUGCAGUACAUUUCUCUCUCUCUCUCUUUUCAUAGAACCCUUGCAGUACAUUUCUCUCUCUCUCUGUCUCUCUCUCUCUCUGUCUCUCUCUCUCUCUCUCUCUCUCUCUCUCUAAUGAGGCUGUGACUGCCAAAUUUGUACCUUUUGUUUAUGUUGGUCGUUGAUAAACUACAGUGACUUUUUCUCAGUUUGAGACCAAAAUUUGAUAAUAUGGAAACUCUGUUUUUUUUUUUUU